GCAGCAGCAGCAGCCAUGAUGGCAAGAAUAAGGAUGGCAACCUAAGUGGCACCGAGACCGAGAGCAAGUACUCUUCUACUCCUCUCUCAAAGCGCGAUAGGCGGUAAAGGCGGCAGGUCGACGCGCAAGUGUUCUGCACGCAGCAAAGUGUGCUCUCCUCGCUCUACACGAUCUACGCUCCAAACAAUUGCAAUUGUUACUCACUGCCGGUCGGGGGUUGUUGUUUGCCUCGCAACGCGUACACAUACACACAACAUAUAAACGAGUACACAUACGUACAAGUGCAAGUGCUUACAUAAUAACAAACGGAACAGUUUACAAUCAUCAUUCGCGAAUCACGGAGAUUCCUCCUCCGCAACGCAAUAUUUGCAAUACCCGAAGAAGAGGAACAACAACAACAGCAUCAACAACAAUAACACCCUCGCAUUUAUGCAAUACUGUGAUCCAGUGACUGUUUUGAUUUAUUUUAAUCCUUCCGUUGUUUUCGCAGCUUUACGAAAUAUUUCAUAAACAACGCAACGUGGAAAUCAUUGAUAAAAAAUAUUCAUAAAAACCAAUAAUGCGGAGAAAGUGCUGACGUAUAUUCGAGGAAGCAAUAAUAUACUUUUUUUAUUGGUUGUUGGAAAAAAAAAGAAGAGAGAAGUGCUAAAACGACGUGGAGAUAAUAGAGCAAGGACCAUAAAUGUUGAAGUAAUCGGGUUGGAUCAGCCCCAAUUAUUUUAGUGCAAUUGAACUGGUGGAUCCAGUGGCGUAGCUGUACAGAAACGGCUUAAUCAUUGGCGUAGAGAUUGCCCCUUCGCUUUGCCCAAUGGGGGGCGACACCUCCCCUGAGCAGCAAUAUUCGCUGCGAUGGAACGAUUUUCAUUCAUCGAUAUUAUCCUCGUUCAGGCACUUAAGGGACGAAGAGGACUUUGUCGAUGUCACGUUGGCGUGCGAUGGAUGUUCCUUCAGAGCUCACAAAGUCGUCCUCUCUGCCUGCAGUCCCUACUUCCGAAGACUCCUUAAGGCCAACCCAUGCCAACAUCCGAUUGUCAUACUCAGAGACGUACAACAAAAAGACAUGGAAAGUCUGUUAAGGUUUAUGUAUAAUGGAGAAGUUCACAUAGGGCAAGAGCAGUUGACGGAUUUCUUGAAAACAGCACAGAUGCUGCAGGUCAGAGGUUUGGCGGAUGUUCCUGCCGGUGGACCUGGUGGUGCGCAAAAGCUUGCCACCACGACGAACUCCGGAGGGGAGCAAAUGCAAAAAGUAUCACCGAAUUCGUCUUCGCUACCUUGGGCCACGGAGAGACCGGAUGCCCUUAGGGAGGACGGGGGAUUAUCGCCUCCUCCUGCGAAAAGAUCGAGGAGCAGCGAGCACAGUAGAGGAAAUUACACGCCGGAUAGGGGCAGGAGUCCGUCGAGAGGAGAGGCAGAUAUGCCGGAGUCCCUUUUAGGACAAGCCCUCGAAGGGGGACCGACAAUACACACGAAUUCCGAGAGGAAAGGUAAUUCGGAUUCAUCCCUUCAAGCACAAUCGACGGGAGAGGAUAGCAAUAGCAGUGAUACAGCGAUGAGCGACCACGAAAGAGACCCCGUCACCCCAAAGACUGAACCCACAGAUUACCCCAUGAUGGACGACCAUCAUCCUUACAGCACAAACGGUGGCCUCAUGGAUCAAACAAGGACACCGACGUUUCCUAGCGCCCUUCUCAGUCUGCAAGGACUUCCGGGACUUCUGCCUGGCCCAUCGGGAAUGCACGGCGGCGCCGAUAACUUUGUUUCACGGCGAUCAUUAGAUAUGAUGAGGGUCAGGGCGACGGAUCCGAGGCCGUGUCCAAAAUGCGGCAAGAUCUAUAGAUCGGCCCAUACCCUUCGGACACAUUUGGAAGACAAACAUACAAUCUGCCCAGGCUACAGAUGUGUACUCUGCGGAACCGUGGCAAAAUCAAGGAAUUCCCUCCACUCGCAUAUGUCUAGGCAGCACAGAGGAAUCAGUACCAAGGAUCUGCCGGUUGUACCGAUGCCCGCACCUUUUGAUCCAGAAUUGGCGAGCAGGUUAUUAGCAAAGGCGGGUGUGAAGAUAUCUCCUGCGGAAUUAAGAGCUAGAGCUUCUCCGACUGGUCCAAGGAGAUCUGACGUCAAAUUAGACGCCAAGAGUGUAUACGCCACCUCAGAAGCCGGAAGCUCGAUAUGCGGUGACAAUGAUCCUGAAGACCUGACUACAUCUCAUCACCGCUACGGGGCGUUCGACCUUGCGAUGUCGCCUCCCAUAAAUCACCAGAACCAUCCUGCUCACAUGAAACACAAAUUAAAUUCGGCCGCACAGGCUGUGGCAGCAAAGAGCAUAGAAUCUCUUGCUCAUAAUCUAUCCAAAGAACCUUAUCCCGCACCUCUGGCUCCACCCUCCGCAACCGGAUCAGCGAUACUGGACACGUACCUUCAAUUCAUUACCGAAAACAGUGGUAUGAUGGGUAUGAUGCCGGAGCAAGCGGCUGCCGCAAUGCACGCAGCCAAAAUGGCACAACUGAACGCAAUGGGUUUGGAUAAAGCAUCGCAGCAGCAUUUCUUGGAAAAGAUGCAGCAGCAAAUCGGUGCGGCCAAUGAUUUCAUGAUGAAACGCAACGACGAAAUAAGGAGGAGUGAAGGAGAAUUAAUACAUGAUGAUAGGAAUAAUGACGACAGGGGUGAAGGAGACGAUGGCGAUUCGUCGGCCGGUGAAGACGAGUACAGCGAAGAAGAACCGGAACCGGAAGCCGUCAAAGUUGGCGAAUAGAGAUCGCAGGGUAAAGAAAACAUAUAUUCUAAAGUACAGUCGCCGCGCAAUCUUGCCAACGUUAUUUCUUUCGAAUACUCAUUUAUUCCAUCCAACUACCUCUGUUUGAAAAAAGAUACAUACUAACGAUUGAUGAAAGCGCGAGCUUUUAAACUCUCCUCUUCACGAACGUUUCUGAAGGAAGAGUCACAAAUUCCAUCCGUCUACCUCACAUAGUUUUUUACUUAAAAAAUAAAGUAAUGAAGAAUAAAAUAAUAAAGCAAAUUAAGAAUGCAAACAAUAAGGGUUCUCAUAGUAUACGGUAUAUUGAUAUAGAUUUAAUAUUAUAAAAAUUCUACGCGGUUAUACAAUAAGUAAGUUGACGUUUUUAUUUGAGUUUUUUUUUUCUGUAGAUAACGAAGUAACCUGUUGUGUAGAUUUGUACCAUACUGUUUUGAGAAAAGGAAAACAAAUAUGAAUUGUAGAGUGAAUGUGCCAGAUUUCGAUUUACCAGUGAUUUUAGAUUAUAGCAGUGCAGGUUCCUACACCAUUUAAUUUGUACACUGAGAAAGAUAAACUAAACGGGUUAAGCAAAUGACGAAAUCACUUAUUAAAUGAAUUACGUAAAAAAAAAUACAGAAUAAAAUAGCGUUUAGAAAGUAUUUUAUAUUAGGCGUGUCGCUAUUUUACAGAAUCACAUACACAUCCACACAUUCUCGGAACCAGGUGAAAAUGGUACAAAGCGUUUUUGCCUUUUUACGAUUUUACGAUAUUUUUGUACGUAAUUUUAAAACAAGACCUUAGAUUAAAAGAAAAAGAGAAAUGAAAAAAAGGAAAGAAAGAAAAAAAUAAUAACACAGAUGAAGAAAAUACGUUCUUUUCUUAUAUCAUUUUCUUUUUGGAUAGAUGCUUCCAUGAGUAACUAAUAUACAAUGCUUCCCAAAAACAAUGUUAAUUAUAAGCAAUUUUUAUCAAAACAAUCAUCAAUCAUCCGCUCAGGAAAACUAACUUGGAACGAGUACAAAUCGCAUACAUUACUUUUUUUUAAUUAUUAUUAUUCACAUCAGGGAUUCUUAAUUAAUUUUAAUUAAUUAAUUAGUCACAAAGUCGCACACAUAUCCGUGAUAAAUAUUCAGGUUUUUUAAAAGAAUUGUAACUCAGGUGAUUAAAGGAAUCUUAAUCAAAUGCGAAUCCUUUAACUGCCCCACGCAUUUAUUUUAAACAAUAUUCAAGUCAUUAGUUUUUAAAACUGUCUAGGAUAAAUAUAAUAAUGUGCUUCUUUACUUCCAAUUAUUCUUCCGUUGAUCUAAUAUACAAAAAAAUAUAUAUUUAUAUACAAAAAAAACUAAAUGAAUAAAAAAAAACUGCACCACAGAAAAUCAUUCCGAAAGCAAUUCAAGUACAAAACAAAAUAUUUAUAUAAUUAAAGAAGAAACUAUAAAAAAAAAUAACGACAGCAAAAAAUAAAGAACAUGUGCAGUUCACUCUGUUCUUCCAAUCAACGUUUAUUAUUAUUUCAUGUGAUAAUAACCCAAUAGAACUUGCGUAAACGAGAAAAUGCAAUUGCUAAUCGCUAAUAAAUGGCCCGUGUAGUUUUAGUUGUUGAAUGUUUGAGAAUGCUUUUUUAUUCGAAAUUAUUAUUUUUUAACAAAAGAAAAAAGAGAAAUCACAAAAUGAAUAGUAUUUGUAUUAAGAGAGUAGCGAUAAUGAAAACCGAGUAUAUAAAUUAUAAACUGAUAGAGUUCAUUGUUAAUUAUUGGAUAAGUUUUAGGAUUAGAGAAUAUUGUUGAAGUAAACAAAAAAAGUAAAUAAUAAUACAAUAAACAAAACGUAUACCGUAUUAACAGAAUGUAUACUAUUUGAAAAUAUUGGGACACACCAGUGAAUUGCUUUAGAUAUUUUUUUUUCAUUUAUACUGUUGAAACUCGGACGUUUUACGAAUACUUGAUUCUAGUUUUCUUUAUUUUUUUUUUUUACUUUUCGGCUGCACUUUAGUUGUGAAUGUUAUAUAUUAUCAUUUCGAUAUUGUACAUAGAUAAAUUGUUGAUAAGUGAUUGGUGAGAAGAUCAGGUUUUUUUUUUGUACAUAGCUCGCGUUUAUUUUAAUUUAUUUCGGUGUUGCAUAAGUUUUCUUUUGUCUCUUAUUAAUUUUAGUUAUUCACGAUAUUUACAUAUAUAUACCAUAAACUUUUAUGUUCUUGAUAAUGAAUCAUAAUUGCAAUACCUCAUCAUUAUGAUAUACUCGAAAUAACGUUUGUGAUGUUAUUAUUAUUUUUGAUAUUGUUGUUGUUUCCGUUCAGUCUACCUCAUUUUUACUUAUUUUGUAUUGACAAUGGGAAAUCCGGAAAUUACCGGAGCCCAGUAAUAAUUAGUAAUAAGUAACAAGAAUAACAAAAAAAGGAAAUAAAAUAGCCACAGGUAACUCAGAAAAAGACACCUUUGUGUUCUUUGUGCGCACCAAUUUACGAACAAAGCAGAUGAGAUCUCUUUAUUUACAAUAAUACUGGUAACUUUUGUACUUAAAA